AUGGGCUCCGACAAGGCCAGGCCGGCCUAUGUAGAGGAUGUCGACGAUUCCAGCGGGAGGCCAGUCCGAGGAUCGCGCAAGACCGCGGCCGUCAAGCCCAAGGUCUACUACCAUGAAGAACCGGUGCGCGACAGGCGGAAGAGUACCAAGCAGAGGAGGUCGCAGAGCGACGCGGCAGAUGUUCUCGAACAGAAGGCCAUGGCCACGGCGCAACAUGUCGAGAUCCAGAGAGAGGUGAAGAAACCGGACCGCCGCAAAUCCUUGAGCGCCAGCACGAAAACCCCUGGGAAGUCCAGUCGAGCGUCGUCUUCGCAGGAGAAUCACAUAUCGCGCGAGGUGGAACGACCCAGGAGCUCCAGAGACCCGAGGAAUUUUGGGAUUCCCACCCCAACAACGGCCACCCGCCCAUCGAACGAUGUGCAACCCAUCCCGUUUCGGCCGCGAGCGUUAACGUCACAAACCUACCCACGGCCGAUCAGCGUGCAGACGGCCGGUGGAGGAGGCUACACCCAAGGUCCGCCACUAUCCAUGUCUGCCUACUACCAACAGCCACCAGUCGUUACCCCUUCGUACCCUCCUCCUACGCCAGAUUCAUCAUACAUGCAAUACGCAGCCCCUCAACAGCAAGCGCAGUACGUGCAGCCACCACAGUAUCAGUAUGCGCAGCAUCAGCAGUUCUCUCAAGCGCCGCAAUACACCAUGUCCCCGCAAUCCCAGCUGCCAUCCGCCGCUCAAGGGGAUGGGUACUUUGCCCCGAGAGCCAGUUCACGACCCCUUUCGGCGAGGUUCGACCCGAUCCCACGAUCUUCGACAGCCUUUGAGCCACGGGCCUCGGACCUCAACCCGCGAACGAAAUCGGUGUUCGGAGGUCGCGACAGUCGACCUCGCAGUGACUAUGAUCCCGCCUACCACGACGACGGGUAUGCGUCGGCAGCAGACGGGGCGACCGUACGCAAAUCCGAGAGGAGGGGUAGCAUACGGGUGCCCUCCUCCACAGCAAAGAUGAGCAAAGCCGAAGCAGACUGCAUCGCCAUGCCACCCCCGCCCCGUCCCACGGGCAUCCUCCGGCGAUCGACCGAGUACCACGUUGACCCCAAGUCAGACCCGGCCGUGGGAAGCUACUACGAGCGCGAGGAUCGAUCGGAGGAACGUGUCGCGCCUCGGGCUCGAAGACCAAGUCCCAGUCGACAUUCGGUAUCGUAUGACACGGAGAGUGUGAGGGUGGAGGCAGCCAACAGUAGCCGCCGGAGACAAAGCUCGCAUGGUAUCCCGUCGUCGGCAGAUGGCUCGAGUGAAUACGCGGCGACGAGUGGCCAUGAGGCAAGACACGAGACCAAGAGCACUCGUGGGCCCAAGAGCGCAUACGAGACCAAGAUGAGCCAAGCUCAGGCGUAUCAAGGAGCCAGUGGUGAGUAUGAUGCCAAACUCGACCAGGCUCAAGCCUAUCAGGAUGAUGUUGGCGGCGGGCCUUCCAUCCCUCUGACUGCAGAGCUGUUGCGGAGGCAGCAACGGAAGCACGGGGGCAGUAGCCGGGGCACCAAGAGUAGUGCAAGCCGAGACGAUAGCGACUAUAAGAAAUCAGCCACGACGCGGACCACGAGAAGUGGGAGUGGAGAUAACGAGGAGAACGUCACCAUCAAGGUUGUGGGCCAGGCCCGGGUGAUGGUCGGUGGAACUCAGAUCGAUUGCGCCGACGGGGGAGAGAUUCGCGUCCAGCGACAGAAGAGCCUCCACAAUGGUAGUGAGCGCUCCAGUUCGGAGUACGGCGCCCGGCGGAUCGAAGACCGCCAGAGUCGAGUGAGCCGACCUUCCGGCCAAUCGAGGAUGAGCAGCUCGGGCGAGUCGUAUACGCAAACGCCCGACUACCCGAGACAGCGGGAGAGAGAGCGAGAGAGAGACAGAGGACGUGACGACAACUACCUCUGA